AUGGGCAUAGGCUGGGGGGUACGAAUACCACUAUGGAUACCAAUAUUAGUGAUCACCUUUAUGCAGAACAAAGUCAAAGCCCAAUAUGAGGACCAACAAGCAAAUUAUGAUGACAAUAAUUAUGUCCAGCAGGGACAAGACUAUUUUUCUGUACCAGUAACAAAACCACAAGAAGUGACAAUCAUCCAACCACUGAGAACGACGCUGCCUGUAAAGCCUGGCAACCCUGCUCACAAUGGACGUGUGUGCAGCACCUGGGGAAACUUCCACUUCAAGACCUUUGAUGGGGACAUCUUUCACUUCCCCGGGCUCUGCAACUAUGUCUUUGCAUCCCACUGCAAAUCUGCCUAUGAGGACUUCAACAUCCAGAUCAGGCGCACUAUGCUGGAAAGCUCUCCUGUGAUCAACCAUAUCACCCUGAAGCUUGACGGAAUGGUGAUUGAACUGACCUCAGACUCCAUUGUGGUCAAUGGCAACCCAAUUCAGCUGCCUUUCAGCCAGUCAGGAAUCCUGAUAGAGAGAAGUAGCGGCUAUUUGAAAAUCACUGCCAAGAUGGGCCUGGUCUUCAUGUGGAACCAACUGGAUGGCCUUCUGGUGGAACUGGAUAAGAAAUAUGCCAAUCAGACCUGUGGGCUUUGUGGGGACUUCAAUGGCAUUCCAAUUUACAAUGAGUUCACGUCAAACAACAUCAAGCUGACUGACGUGCAGUUUGGGAAUAUGCAGAAGAUGGAUGGACCCACAGAGCAAUGCGAGGAUCCUACAUCUUCUUCUCUUUCAAAUUGCUCAAAUGAAUUUAGUGCUAUCUGCCAGAGAGUAUUGACUGGUGAAGCAUUUGUGAGCUGCAAUGCACUGGUGGACGUUCAAGACUACAUUGACUCUUGCGUACAAGACUUGUGCCGCUGUGAUGAGUCUAUGCGUGAUUUCUGCAUCUGUAACACCUUUGCUGAAUACUCCCGGCAGUGCGCCCAUGCUGGUGGACAACCUCUGAACUGGAGAACUAAAGAACUGUGCAACAAAACAUGCCCUUAUAACAUGCAGCACGAGGAAUGUGGCUCCCCCUGUGCUAACACCUGCACCAACCCUGAAAGGUCAGCCCUCUGUGAAGAUCACUGUACCGAUGGCUGCGUCUGCCCCCCAGGAACUGUGUCUGAUGACAUUAACAGCUCUGGCUGUAUCCCUCUCAGUGAGUGCCACUGUACCUACAAAGGUGAAACAUAUAGUCCAGGUGCUUCUUUUGCAUCCCAGUGCACUUCAUGUACCUGUACUGGAGGCCAGUGGAGUUGUGUCAGCCUUUCCUGCCCUGGGACUUGCUCCAUUGAAGGAGGUUCCCACAUCUCCACAUUUGAUGAGAAACGUUAUUCCUUCUUUGGAGAUUGUAGCUAUAUCCUGACGAAGCUCUGUGACAGCGAUUCCUUCACUGUUCUAGGAGAAGUCCGCAAAUGUGGCCUAACUGACACUGAGACAUGCCUGAAAGGUGUAGCCAUCAGCAUAGGUGGAGGACAAACUAUUGUUGUGAUCAAACCUUCUGGCAGCGUGUUUGUGAAUACGAUCUACACCCAGUUGCCCAUCUCUGCAGCCAAUGUCACUAUCUUCAGGCCUUCAUCGUUCUUCAUCAUUGUACAAACAAACUUUGGGCUUCAGGUUCAGAUCCAGCUUGUACCCAUCAUGCAACUCUUUGUAAACUUGGACCCAUCCCACAAAGGGCAGACAUGUGGUCUUUGUGGAAACUUCAACAAUAUCCAAACAGAUGAUUUCAAAGCCACAAGUGGUGUAGUGGAAGGAACAGCAGCCGCUUUUGCCAAUACCUGGAAAAUCCAGGGUGAUUGCCCUAAUGUCAAAAACAUCUUUGAGAACCCCUGUACCCUCAGCAUAGAAAAUGAAAAAUAUGCUCAGCACUGGUGUGGAUUGCUGACUGAUACUCAAGGACCUUUUGCUGAAUGCCACUCAACAGUGAAUCCAGAUGUUUACCACACGAACUGUCUGUUUGACACCUGUAACUGUGAAAAGAGUGAGGACUGUAUGUGUGCUGCCCUCUCUACCUAUGUCAGAGCCUGUGCUGCCAAAGGAGUCCUGUUGAAUGGAUGGAGGACCAAUGUCUGCACCAUAACCUCAUGCCCCAAAUCCCUGACGUACAGCUAUGUUGUCAAUUCCUGCCAACCCACUUGCCGAUCUUUGAGUGAGCCCGAUGUCACAUGCAACAUCAAGUUCACUCCAGUUGAUGGCUGCACCUGUGCAAAUGGAACUUACAUGGAUGAAAAUGGCAAAUGCGUGCCCGCUACUAGCUGUCCUUGUUAUUACAAAGGAUCUGUGCUACCUUCUGGAGAGGUUGUUCACGACAAUGGAGUCAUAUGCUCUUGCACACAUGGAAAGUUGGACUGCGUGAGAGUGAAACCAGAACCAGUCUGUGCAGCUCCCAUGGUCUACUUUGACUGCAGCAAUGUCACUGCAGGCACAAUUGGAUCCGAGUGCCAGAAGAGCUGUCAGACUCUUGAUAUGGGAUGCUACAGCACACAGUGCGUCUCUGGCUGCGUGUGCCCUAAUGGUCUAGUGUCAGAUGGCAAAGGUGGCUGUGUAGCUGCGGGGGAAUGUCCAUGUGUUCACAAUGACGCCUCCUACAAUCCAGGAGAAACAAUCAAAGUCAACUGUAACACCUGCACUUGUAAAAACAGAAUGUGGCAAUGCACCAAUGAACCUUGCCUGGCAACCUGCUCUGUUUAUGGAGAUGGUCAUUACAUUACUUUUGAUGGCAAACGCUUCAGCUUUAGUGGAGACUGUGAAUACACACUGGUCCAGGAUUACUGUGGUAAAAACAGUACCAGCCUUGGAACCUUCCGAGUGAUCACUGAGAACAUCCCCUGUGGAACCACUGGGACCACCUGCUCAAAGGCCAUUAAAGUCUUCCUAGGGAACUAUGAACUGGUACUCAGUGACGGAAAGUUUGAAGUGAUAGAGAAGGUCCGUGGAGGGGAAGUGCCAUACAAGGUCCGUUACAUGGGCAUCUACAUGGUGAUUGACACCAACAAUGGACUGAUUCUUAUGUGGGAUAAGAAAACCAGCAUAUUCAUCAAGCUCAGCCCAGAUUUUAAGGGUCAGGUCUGUGGCCUGUGUGGGAACUACGAUGGCAAUGGCAUUAAUGACUUUACCACCAGAAGUCAGUCUGUGGUAGGAGAUGUGCUGGAGUUUGGAAACAGCUGGAAGGUGUCUCCUACUUGCCCAGAUGCCAAGAGCAACAAGGAUCCUUGCACUGCAAACCCUUACAGGAACUCUUGGGCCCAGAAGCAGUGCAGCAUAAUCAACAGCAAAGUAUUCGCUGCCUGUCACUCUCAGGUUGAACCAAAUGAAUAUUAUGAAGCAUGCGUGACUGAUGCUUGUGCCUGUGACACUGGGGGAGAUUGUGAAUGUUUCUGUACAGCGGUAGCUUCAUAUGCUCAAGCAUGUAAUGAGGCUGGCAUUUGUGUUGCAUGGAGAACCCCAUCUAUCUGUCCUCUGUUCUGUGAUUACUACAACCCGCAAGGGGAAUGCGAGUGGCACUACAAGCCUUGUGGGUCUCCUUGUAUGAAGACCUGCAGGAACCGAAGUGGAAAAUGCCUUCAUGAGUUACAAGGCUUGGAAGGCUGCUAUCCAAAGUGUCCAGAGAACAAGCCCUAUUUUGAUGAAGAUGAUAUGGAGUGUGUCGAUAGCUGUGGCUGUUACGAUACCAAGGGAAAAUAUUACAAGCCAGGAAUACCCAUUCGUUCAGAAGAGAACUGUCAAUCAUGUGAAUGCACAAUGAAUGGCAUUAAGUGUGAAUAUGAUGAAGACGAAUGCCACUGCACAUAUGAUGGAAAGCAAUAUGAGUAUGAGGAUGUCAUCUACGACACUACAGAUGGUAUUGGCGGGUGUAUCAUUGCAACUUGUGGUCACAAUGGAACAAUUGAUAGAAAAGUCUAUGCAUGUUCUACACCCUUAACCACAACACCAUUUUCAUUUUCCUCUUCAACACCUAUAUCCACCACUACAGUGACACCAACUACAUCAGUCUGUGUUCGUGAAGUAUGCCAGUGGUCACAAUGGUAUGACGUGAGCUAUCCAGGGUCUGGGAUCAACGAUGGAGAUUUUGACACAUUUGAUAAUUUAAGAGCCAAAGGUUAUAAAGUUUGCAAAGCUCCAAAGGCUGUUGAAUGCAGAUCUGAGAAGUUCCCUAACACACCAUUAAAUGAACUAGAGCAAAAAGUAGAAUGUAGUACAACAAUGGGACUAAUAUGUUAUAAUAAGGAUCAGCAUCAAAUGAUCUGCGACAACUUCCAGAUAAAAAUCUUAUGCUGUAGCUUUGUACCAUGUGAAUAUACAACUCCUGCUACCACAACGCCUGCGGAGACUACAACACCCAUCACAAAAACGACCACUCCAGAAACUACUGUAACCAGUAUAUCUUCAACAACUACAGCACUACCUACAACCACAGAAUCUAAAACAACUACUCUUUCAACGAGUACCAUGACCUACAAAACUCCUUCAACAUCUCCAGUCACAGAAACAACGAGUGUGUCAACUUCAACUCUUAGAACCACAGCUCCAUCAACAACAAUCCCUGAAACAACUGCUAGCCCUUCAACAGAAACUGUAUAUACUACAGGAGAAAUCACAUCCACAACACCUUGUAAACCAAAAUGCAAAUGGUCUGAAUGGCAUGAUGUCCAUUUUCCCAGUCUGGACAAUAAAGGAGAUUCUGAAACAUAUGAUGAUAUUAGAGCAGCAGGAAAAGUGAUCUGCAGCAAACCUGAAAAUAUAGAAUGUCGAGCCGAGAAAUUCCCAGAAAAAUCAAUUGAUAACAUUGGCCAAAUUGUCCAGUGCAAUGUAUCCUUUGGACUUGUCUGCAGGAAUGAAGAUCAGGAAGGAGUGCUCCAAAUGUGUUAUAACUAUCAAAUAAAAGUAUUCUGCUGUGAUGAUUUUAGUCAUUGCCCAUCCACAUCCACUACUACAGAAACUACAACAACUGCAGGCACAACUAUUGUUUCAACAGAAACUUCCACCCAGACUCCUACAACUACAGAAACUACAACUUCAACAGUGAGAACUACACCUUCACCCACCACCACAACAGAAACCACAACCAAAGAAGUUAAAACAACUACUCUUUUAACAACCACCCCUAUAGAAACUACAACAAUCAUAACUACACCUUUCACUACCACAACUACAGAAACUACAACUACUCCAGGCACACCCAUUGUUUCAACAGAAACUUCCACACUGACUCCUACAACUACAGAAACUACAUCAAUAGGAACUACACAUUCAUCCAUCACCAGCAUAGAAACUACAACAGUCACAACUACACCUUUCACUGCCACAACCACACAAACUACAACAACCACAGGUACUACAACCAUGACAACUCCUCAAACUACUACUCCAAUAACCUCAACACCAAUUCCGGACACUUUUACAACUACAACUACUUCACCAACCACUACUCAAACCACCACCACAGAAUUUACCACAAUAAUAAGUACAAUCACUACACCAACAACCACUGAAACUACCACGGCUGCAACUACUACACCUAUUUCAACAACAAAACCUACAUCAUCAAUAACAGUAACAACUACUCCAGCAAUAACCACAAUCUCAGAAACUACAACAGCUGUGACAACUGUUCCUCCAACAACUGAUGAUUGUUUUAAAGAACUAUGCGAAUGGUCACAAUGGUAUGAUAUAAGUUACCCAGGGUCUGCUACCAAUGAUGGAGAUUUCGAUACAUUUAAGAAUAUAAGAGCCAAAGGAUACAAUGUAUGCAAAGCUCCAAAGGCUGUGGAAUGCAGAGCAGAAAGAUUCCCUAACACACCAUUAAAUGAGCUGGAGCAAAAUGUAAUAUGCAGCAAAACAGAAGGGCUGAUAUGUUAUAACAAGGAUCAACUCCCACCAAUCUGCUAUAAUUACCAGAUCAAAAUUGAAUGUUGCCGAAAUGUAAUUGUAUCAUGCUCAACAACCACCCAAGCCACUACAACGACAGUAACAUCCACCCCACCAAUACCAACAACCACCCCAACCAUUACCCCAAUAGGAACAACCACCCCAGCCACUACGACAGUAACAACCAUCCCAACCACUACCCAAAUAGUAACAACCACCCCAAGCACUACCCCAAUUGUAACAACCACCCCAGCCACUACAACAAUAUUAACAACCUCCACAACAAUACUAACAACCACCCCAACCAUUACUCCAAUAGGAACAAACACCCCAGCCACUACCCCAAUUGUAACAACCACCCCAGCCACUACAACAAUAUUAACAACCUCCACAACAAUACUAACAACCACCCCAACCAUUACUCCAAUAGUAAAAACCACCCCAGCCACUACAACGACAGUAACAACCACCCCAAACAUUACCCCAAUAGGAACAACGACCCCAGCCACUACCCCAAUAGAAACAACCACCUCAACCACUAUCCCAAUAGAACCAACGACCACAGCCACUACAACGACAGUAACAACCACCCCAGCCACUACAACGACAGUAACAACAAGGACAACAGCAACCACAAAAAAAAUUAUUACGCAAAUAAAGACAACUAAAACAGCUCAAACAGCACCCGUACAUGAAAAAACGACUCAAGAAAUGCACAGUACAACUAAGGAAACCACACUGGUGAGUAAAACAACACCAGAAAGAACUCCAGUCACAACAACAUCGACGAUCUCCACAACACUGCCAACUACCACAUCUGUAGAAACCACCACUAGUGAAACUACCCGAAGUGCAACCACAACAGGUACCACCACUCUACCUACCACAGCAAUCCCCACAACAUCGCCAAGAUCCACAACUACAGGAACAACCACUUCCUCAACUACGAAGUGUCAACCAACGUGCACAUGGUCCAAAUGGUUUGAUGUCGAUUUCCCCUCUUCUGGACCUAAAGAAGGAGACAUUGAAACCUAUAACAACAUAAGGGCUGCAGGAGAGAUAAUCUGCAGAAAGCCUGCAAAUAUUGAGUGUAGGGCAGAAAACCAACCGGACAUAAGCAUCGACCAGAUCGGUCAAGUUGUGCAGUGCGAUGUCAAUUUUGGGCUGGUGUGCAAAAAUAAGGAUCAAAUCAGGAAAUUUAAAAUGUGUUUGAAUUAUGAGGUACGUGUUUUGUGCUGUGAAGAGAACCCUAACUGCCCAACCGCAACCACAAGUAUCAUGACCACAACUACACGUACACCAACAACUACAGUCACAGAAACAACCACCAGAGUCACAACUUCUACUAAACCAACAGUCACACAAACACCAGAAACUACUACCUCUGAAACAACUCCAGUCACUACCACUAACGAACCAAGCACAAGCACAAGCACAACGGGUACCACCACUCUGCCUCCCACAGGAGUCAUCACAACAUCGCCGAUCUCCACAGCAUCUCCAACUACCACAAUCAUAGAAACCACCACUACAGGAACCACCGGAAGCACAAGCACAACGGGUAUCACCAUUCUACCUACCACAGAAAUCCCCACAACAUCGCCAAUACCCACAACUACAGGAACAACCACUUCCUCAACUACAAAGUGUCAACCAACGUGCACAUGGUCCAAAUGGUUUGAUGUCGAUUUCCCCUCUUCUGGACCUAAAGAAGGAGACAUUGAAACCUAUAACAACAUAAGGGCUGCAGGAGAGAUAAUCUGCGGAAAGCCUGCAAAUAUUGAGUGUAGGGCAGAAAAUCAACCGGACAUAAGCAUCGACCAGAUCGGUCAAGUUGUGCAGUGCGAUGUCAAUUUUGGGCUGGUGUGCAAAAAUAAGGAUCAAAUCAGGAAAUUUAAAAUGUGUUUGAAUUACGAGGUACGUGUUUUGUGCUGUGAAGAGAACCCUAACUGCCCAACCGCAACCACAAGUAUCAUGACCACAACUACACGUACACCAACAACUACAGUCACAGAAACAACCACCAGAAUCACAACUUCUACUAAACCAACAGUCACACAAACACCAGAAACUACUACCUCUGAAACAACUCCAGUCACUACCACUAACGAACCAAGCACAAGCACAAGCACAACGGGUACCACCACUCUGCCUCCCACAGGAGUCAUCACAACAUCGCCGAUCUCCACAGCAUCUCCAACUACCACAAUCAUAGAAACCACCACUACAGGAACCACCGGAAGCACAAGCACAACGGGUACCACCACUCUACCUACCACAGAAAUCCCCACAACAUCGCCAAUACCCACAACUACAGGAACAACCACUUCCUCAACUACAAAGUGUCAACCAACGUGCACAUGGUCCAAAUGGUUUGAUGUCGAUUUCCCCUCUUCUGGACCUAAAGAAGGAGACAUUGAAACCUAUAACAACAUAAGGGCUGCAGGAGAGAUAAUCUGCGGAAAGCCUGCAAAUAUUGAGUGUAGGGCAGAAAACCAACCGGACAUAAGCAUCGACCAGAUCGGUCAAGUUGUGCAGUGCGAUGUCAAUUUUGGGCUGGUGUGCAAAAAUAAGGAUCAAAUCAGGAAAUUUAAAAUGUGUUUGAAUUAUGAGGUACGUGUUUUGUGCUGUGAAGAGAACCCUAACUGCCCAACCGCAACCACAAGUAUCAUGACCACAACUACACGUACACCAACAACUACAGUCACAGAAACAACCACCAGAGUCACAACUUCUACUAAACCAACAGUCACACAAACACCAGAAACUACUACCUCUGAAACAACUCCAGUCACUACCACUAACGAACCAAGCACAAGCACAAGCACAACGGGUACCACCACUCUGCCUCCCACAGGAGUCAUCACAACAUCGCCGAUCUCCACAGCAUCUCCAACUACCACAAUCAUAGAAACCACCACGACAGGAACCACCGGAAGCACAAGCACAACGGGUACCACCACUCUACCUACCACAGAAAUCCCCACAACAUCGCCAAUACCCACAACUACAGGAACAACCACUUCCUCAACUACAAAGUGUCAACCAACGUGCACAUGGUCCAAAUGGUUUGAUGUCGAUUUCCCCUCUUCUGGACCUAAAGAAGGAGACAUUGAAACCUAUAACAACAUAAGGGCUGCAGGAGAGAUAAUCUGCGGAAAGCCUGCAAAUAUUGAGUGUAGGGCAGAAAACCAACCGGACAUAAGCAUCGACCAGAUCGGUCAAGUUGUGCAGUGCGAUGUCAAUUUUGGGCUGGUGUGCAAAAAUGAGGAUCAAAUCAGCAAAUUUAAAAUGUGUUUCAACUAUCAGAUACGUGUUUUGUGCUGUGAAGAGAACCCUAACUGCCCAACCGCAACCACAAGUAUCAUGACCACAACUACACGUACACCAACAACUACAGUCACAGAAACAACCACCAGAGUCACAACUUCUACUAAACCAACAGUCACACAAACACCAGAAACUACUACCUCUGAAACAACUCCAGUCACUACCACUAACGAGCCAAGCACAAGCACAAGCACAACGGGUACCACCACUCUGCCUCCCACAGGAGUCAUCACAACAUCGCCGAUCUCCACAGCAUCUCCAACUACCACAAUCAUAGAAACCACCACUACAGGAACCACCGGAAGCACAAGCACAACGGGUACCACCAUUCUACCUACCACAGAAAUCCCCACAACAUCGCCAAUACCCACAACUACAGGAACAACCACUUCCUCAACUACAAAGUGUCAACCAACGUGCACAUGGUCCAAAUGGUUUGAUGUCGAUUUCCCCUCUUCUGGACCUAAAGAAGGAGACAUUGAAACCUAUAACAACAUAAGGGCUGCAGGAGAGAUAAUCUGCGGAAAGCCUGCAAAUAUUGAGUGUAGGGCAGAAAAUCAACCGGACAUAAGCAUCGACCAGAUCGGUCAAGUUGUGCAGUGCGAUGUCAAUUUUGGGCUGGUGUGCAAAAAUAAGGAUCAAAUCAGGAAAUUUAAAAUGUGUUUGAAUUACGAGGUACGUGUUUUGUGCUGUGAAGAGAACCCUAACUGCCCAACCGCAACCACAAGUAUCAUGACCACAACUACACGUACACCAACAACUACAGUCACAGAAACAACCACCAGAGUCACAACUUCUACUAAACCAACAGUCACACAAACACCAGAAACUACUACCUCUGAAACAACUCCAGUCACUACCACUAACGAACCAAGCACAAGCACAAGCACAACGGGUACCACCACUCUGCCUCCCACAGGAGUCAUCACAACAUCGCCGAUCUCCACAGCAUCUCCAACUACCACAAUCAUAGAAACCACCACGACAGGAACCACCGGAAGCACAAGCACAACGGGUACCACCAUUCUACCUACCACAGAAAUCCCCACAACAUCGCCAAUACCCACAACUACAGGAACAACCACUUCCUCAACUACAAAGUGUCAACCAACGUGCACAUGGUCCAAAUGGUUUGAUGUCGAUUUCCCCUCUUCUGGACCUAAAGAAGGAGACAUUGAAACCUAUAACAACAUAAGGGCUGCAGGAGAGAUAAUCUGCGGAAAGCCUGCAAAUAUUGAGUGUAGGGCAGAAAAUCAACCGGACAUAAGCAUCGACCAGAUCGGUCAAGUUGUGCAGUGCGAUGUCAAUUUUGGGCUGGUGUGCAAAAAUAAGGAUCAAAUCAGGAAAUUUAAAAUGUGUUUGAAUUACGAGGUACGUGUUUUGUGCUGUGAAGAGAACCCUAACUGCCCAACCGCAACCACAAGUAUCAUGACCACAACUACACGUACACCAACAACUACAGUCACAGAAACAACCACCAGAAUCACAACUUCUACUAAACCAACAGUCACACAAACACCAGAAACUACUACCUCUGAAACAACUCCAGUCACUACCACUAACGAACCAAGCACAAGCACAAGCACAACGGGUACCACCACUCUGCCUCCCACAGGAGUCAUCACAACAUCGCCGAUCUCCACAGCAUCUCCAACUACCACAAUCAUAGAAACCACCACGACAGGAACCACCGGAAGCACAAGCACAACGGGUACCACCACUCUACCUACCACAGAAAUCCCCACAACAUCGCCAAUACCCACAACUACAGGAACAACCACUUCCUCAACUACAAAGUGUCAACCAACGUGCACAUGGUCCAAAUGGUUUGAUGUCGAUUUCCCCUCUUCUGGACCUAAAGAAGGAGACAUUGAAACCUAUAACAACAUAAGGGCUGCAGGAGAGAUAAUCUGCGGAAAGCCUGCAAAUAUUGAGUGUAGGGCAGAAAACCAACCGGACAUAAGCAUCGACCAGAUCGGUCAAGUUGUGCAGUGCGAUGUCAAUUUUGGGCUGGUGUGCAAAAAUAAGGAUCAAAUCAGGAAAUUUAAAAUGUGUUUGAAUUACGAGGUACGUGUUUUGUGCUGUGAAGAGAACCCUAACUGCCCAACCGCAACCACAAGUAUCAUAACCACAACUACACGUACACCAACAACUACAGUCACAGAAACAACCACCAGAAUCACAACUUCUACUAAACCAACAGUCACACAAACACCAGAAACUACUACCUCUGAAACAACUCCAGUCACUACCACUAACGAACCAAGCACAAGCACAAGCACAACGGGUACCACCACUCUGCCUCCCACAGGAGUCAUCACAACAUCGCCGAUCUCCACAGCAUCUCCAACUACCACAAUCAUAGAAACCACCACUACAGGAACCACCGGAAGCACAAGCACAACGGGUACCACCACUCUACCUACCACAGAAAUCCCCACAACAUCGCCAAUACCCACAACUACAGGAACAACCACUUCCAUAACUACAAAGUGUCAACCAACGUGCACAUGGUCCAAAUGGUUUGAUGUCGAUUUCCCCUCUUCUGGACCUAAAGAAGGAGACAUUGAAACCUAUAACAACAUAAGGGCUGCAGGAGAGAUAAUCUGCGGAAAGCCUGCAAAUAUUGAGUGUAGGGCAGAAAACCAACCGGACAUAAGCAUCGACCAGAUCGGUCAAGUUGUGCAGUGCGAUGUCAAUUUUGGGCUGGUGUGCAAAAAUGAGGAUCAAAUCAGCAAAUUUAAAAUGUGUUUCAACUAUCAGAUACGUGUUUUGUGCUGUGAAGAGAACCCUAACUGCCCAACCGCAACCACAAGUAUCAUGACCACAACUACACGUACACCAACAACUACAGUCACAGAAACAACCACCAGAGUCACAACUUCUACUAAACCAACAGUCACACAAACACCAGAAACUACUACCUCUGAAACAACUCCAGUCACUACCACUAACGAACCAAGCACAAGCACAAGCACAACGGGUACCACCACUCUGCCUCCCACAGGAGUCAUCACAACAUCGCCGAUCUCCACAGCAUCUCCAACUACCACAAUCAUAGAAACCACCACUACAGGAACCACCGGAAGCACAAGCACAACGGGUACCACCACUCUACCUACCACAGAAAUCCCCACAACAUCGCCAAUACCCACAACUACAGGAACAACCACUUCCAUAACUACAAAGUGUCAACCAACGUGCACAUGGUCCAAAUGGUUUGAUGUCGAUUUCCCCUCUUCUGGACCUAAAGAAGGAGACAUUGAAACCUAUAACAACAUAAGGGCUGCAGGAGAGAUAAUCUGCGGAAAGCCUGCAAAUAUUGAGUGUAGGGCAGAAAACCAACCGGACAUAAGCAUCGACCAGAUCGGUCAAGUUGUGCAGUGCGAUGUCAAUUUUGGGCUGGUGUGCAAAAAUGAGGAUCAAAUCAGCAAAAUUAAAAUGUGUUUCAACUAUCAGAUACGUGUUUUGUGCUGUGAAGAAAACGUAAAUUGUCCUGUUACAACCUCAAUUUUGCCAACAACGCCCACACGAGUAACCACUCCAACUAUCUCAAGUACACAAACAGGAACAACAGAAGUAACCAUGACAACUACUCACUGCUUUUGCCAAAUUGAGGACGCUGUUUAUGCAUCUGGUGAAAUGAUUUACAACGAAAUAGACAAGGAUGGAUGUAAUUUUUAUGCCAUUUGUAGUAAAACAUGUUCAGUGGAGCGAUUUAAGGGACCAUGUAAAUCAACAACUCCAGCAACAACAACUACACCUACAACUUCAACAUCUAAACCAACUACGACUCCCACUACAACAGUUAGUUCAACCACUAAAAUUGAGUGUCCUGAUGCUAAACCUCCCAGAAAGAUGGGUGAAACAUGGAAGAUAUCCAACUGUACCACUGCAACUUGCGAGGGAAAUAACAAAGUUGUUAUACAGAAAGUGAAAUGCCCACCUGUAAAGAAAAUUACCUGCGCCAACGGAUACCCACCAGUAGAGGUCUUCAGUGAGGAUGGCUGCUGUUACCACUAUGAAUGUGAAUGUGUCUGUAGUGGCUGGGGUGACCCUCACUACAUUACAUUCGAUGGAACCUAUUACACAUUCCUUGACAACUGCACAUAUACUCUGGUGAAGCAGAUUACUCCUAAAUAUGACAACUUCCGUGUUGACAUUGACAAUUAUUUCUGUGAUGCGGAAGAUGGACUUUCCUGUCCUCAGUCCAUUAUUGUUUACUACAAGUACACAGUGGUAGUGCUGACGCGUGAACUCUAUAAUGGAGUGAUGGCUAAUAAGAUUAUCUUCAAUAAAACGGUUGUCAACCCAGGCUUCCAGAAAGAUGGCAUUUCUAUUUACAUGCUUGGCAUCAACAUGGUUGUUGAAAUACCUGAGAUUGGAGCUACCAUCACCUUCAGCGGGUUGAUAUUCUCAGUGAAACUCCCAUUCAGCAAAUUUGGCAAUAACACUGAAGGACAGUGUGGUACAUGCACAAACACCAAAAUAGAUGACUGCCGCUUGCCAAGUGGUAAGAUCAGCCCUUCUUGUACCCAAAUGGCUCCCCACUGGAAGGUUGACGAUGACAAGAAGCGAUACUGUGUAGGAACACCAACACCAGGACCCAGCACCCCCACUCCAGCUCCCAGCUGUCCUCCGUCUGCUCUUUGCAAGAUAAUUUUGAGCGAAGUCUUUGAAGAAUGCCACAAGGUGAUACCACCACAAGAUUUUUACAAGGGCUGUGUCUUUGAUGCAUGUCACAUGACCAAUACAUCCAUGCAGUGUUCCGGCUUGGAGAUAUAUGCCACUCUGUGUGCCACUAGAGGUGUUUGUAUUGACUGGAGAGGAGAGACCAAGGGCAAAUGCCCAUAUAACUGUCCAGUGGGCAAAGUGUAUAACCCAUGUGGGCCUCUUAAUCCUGCUACCUGUGAUUCAAGAGCUGUUCAAUACAAUGGCAUUGGCCUAACUGAAGGAUGUUUCUGCCCUGAAGGAAAGUUUCUCGUCAAUGCAAACAGUGGUGGUGUCUGUGUCUCUGAUUGUCGUAUCUGUAUAGGACCAGAUGGACAGCCCAAAUUACCUGGAGACCAGUGGAAAAGCAAUUGCCAGGACUGUGUUUGUGACCGGUACACUGUUACAGUGCGGUGUACAAAGCGCCCAUGUAAACCACUCCCGCCAGUUUCUUGUGAUGACCCAGGGUUUGUUCCUGUCCAGUCGCUGACACGAGAAGACCCAUGCUGUGUCCAGACUGAAUGCCGAUGUGACACUAGCAAGUGCCCCGAAUCAGUGGCCAGCUGUCAACUAGGAUACGAGUUAAUCCCAGAAGUAUUAAAUGGAAAUUGUUGUACUAUCUUCACAUGUAAGCUAAAAGCAGGCUGUGUAACCAAUGGAACUUUCUACAAGCCUGGAGCUGUCAUUCCAAAAGGUACCUGUGAAAAGUGCACCUGCUCUGCCAAAGUACAGCCAGACAGUCAGAGAAACAUCGUUAACUGCCAGCCCAUUCCAUGUGACACUGAGUGCCCACUGGGCUAUGAAUAUAAGAUAAAAUCUGGACAAUGCUGUGGCGAGUGUGUACAGGUGGCUUGUGUACUGAAGAUGGAGAAUAACACAGUCCAUGUGCUUCAGGCUGGAAAAGUCUGGCAUAAGCCUGGUGAUAACUGUACCUUCUAUAAAUGUGAACACACUGAGGAUCAGUUUAUUCCUGUCACUGUAAGGAAAGCCUGUCAAUCCAUAUACCCAGAAGACUGCGAUCCUGCUGAUAUCAUACUAAGUGAAGAUGGCUGCUGCAAAAUAUGCCCAUUACCCCGUAAAAUUUGUGGACUGCAUAGUACUCCCACUGUCAUCAGACACAAUGAAUGCAUCUCUUCUGUGCCUGUUGAACUAACAUACUGCGAAGGCAACUGUGAUACUUCUUCAAUAUAUUCCCUUGAGGCGAAUGUGAUGCAACACAAGUGCAAGUGUUGUCAGGAGGUCAAGACCAGCAAAAGACAGGUGACCCUGAGCUGCCCUGAUGGAAGCACCACUGAUUACUCAUACAUCCACGUGGAGCAGUGCGAUUGUGCGGGCACGGAGUGCAUCCCCCAAACCCCUCCCACCACUCCAGCACAGCAGCAGGAGCAAGAACAGCAGCAACAGGAACAGAUCCAGCAGCAACAAGGGCAGUCCUAG